AAAACUAUCACCCUCAUAACCUACGUGUACAGUCAUGAACUCAUGGCCUCAUGCUAUUAUAAAUUACAGGACUCAGAGUUCAAGUUCUUAUACAAGAAAUGGAGAAUUCAUCCACUUUUAAGUUGGUUUUCUUUGCAAUUUUGUUGCUCAAUUUUUCAGUUUCAACCCUCGCGAGGAUACAACCAACCACUAUAAUGGUCGAACAACUUAAUGAUGCUCACAACAAGAACAUAAUGACAUCAUUAGGAACAAGAAAAUUGGAGUUAUUGAAAAUGGUGGGAGGUGAUGAAGAUGAACACGAAUGCGGCGGGCGAGGCGCUUACUGUAAGAAUGACGAAGAUUGUUGUCCUGGGAGGACUUGUAGAGAAGACGAUGAUCAAGAUUAUUACACUGGCUUUACUACCUGUGUUUAAUUGAUCUUUUAGGCUUUAUCUUUAAUUGGCCUUUUAAUUAAGGUCAAUUUGUUUGGUGGUUAAUUUGUGUGUGUCUUAUGUAGACACUUUGUGCACUUUUAAUAAUACACCACCCGUCUCUUUUUAUUA